UUGAGAGCUUUUCAUUUUCUCAAAUGGAAAGCUUCUACCACCAUAGUUUCUCCCACAUCAACAACAUGAACAAUAACAGUGAUGCUCAUUUACCACCUGGUUUUCGUUUCCAUCCUACUGAUGAAGAACUCAUCACGUUCUACCUUCUGAAGAAAGUUCUUGACAACACUUUCACUGCAAGAGCCAUAGCUGAAGUUGAUCUCAACAAAUGUGAACCAUGGGAGCUACCAGAGAAAGCUAAGAUGGGUGAGAAAGAAUGGUACUUCUUCAGUUUACGUGACAGGAAGUACCCAACUGGGUUACGUACUAAUCGAGCUACAGAAGCUGGUUAUUGGAAAGCAACAGGGAAAGACAGAGAGAUUUACAGUUCCAAAACCUACUCUCUUGUUGGUAUGAAGAAAACCCUUGUUUUCUACAGAGGAAGAGCACCAAAAGGUGAAAAGAGUAACUGGGUUAUGCAUGAGUAUCGUCUUGAAGGCAAAUUUGCUUACCAUUUCCUCUCUAGAAACUCCAAGGAUGAAUGGGUGAUAUCACGUGUUUUCCAAAAGAGCAACACCGGAAACGGAAGCACCACCGUGACAGCCACCACAAGUGGUUCAAAAAAGACCAAAAUAGCCUCAACAGCUUCUGCAAGUAACAACAAUAUGAGUCUUUGCGCUGAACCAAGUUCACCUUCUUCAGUUUAUCUACCACCACUACUUGAUUCAUCUCCAUACUCCAACAACGCUGCCGCUAGCACCGCCGCAUUCAACGGCGGUCAAAUGUGUUCUUACAACAACAGCUCCAACAACACUGAUCUAAAGGAGCACGUGUCCUGUUUCUCCACAUCAUCUACAACAUCAAAUGUUGUAUCUGGUCUCAACAACAGCUUUAACAACAACAACAACAAUGGAAGUUUUGAUCUUAUUUCUCCUUCUAUGAAUGCAACAACAAUGGAUCCAUUUGCAAGGUUUCAGAGAAAUGUCGGUGUUUCUGCUUUUCCAAGCUUGAGAUCACUGCAAGAUAAUCUUCAGCUGCCUUUCUUUUUUUCCUCUGCGGCGGCGCAACCUUUAAGCGGUGGUGAUGUUCUUGGGGGGUGGGGUAUGCCGCAGGAGGAGCAAAGAACGGUGGUUGACGGUGGUGGUCAUAACAUGGGAGGGUUAGGUUCAUCUGAGCUUGAUUGCAUGUGGAACUAUUAAUUAAGGGUUUGAGGUUAAUUAAGCAUUAUAAUGAUUAGUAAACUUAAUUAUUUGCAUUAUUAGGAUUAACUUUUCCAAUAUUGAGAUGUUUGGAAUGUACUAGAGUGUUGUUAGUACUAUUAGGUUAUGGUUUGUGUAAGGGUAUUUUUGGAAGUAAAUGUUUUGUUA